AGGCCCCAAUGUCACAGAGUCCCCGCGGCUGCUGCUACUGGGCUGAGGGUGGGAAGGGGAACAGGGCUGGGCCACCCCCUCCAGGGCCAGCACAGCCGGAGGAGGCCCCAGGAGCAUCAAAGUCCUGAGCGUGAAUGUGCCUCGGGCCUGAGGUGGAGUCAGGGUGACGGGGGCAGGGGGGAUGGGAGGAGCCCAGUGGCGGGAACCAGGCUCCGCCUCCCUCCUGACACACUUGUGACAUUCCUAAUUGUUGGCGACUGACUCACCCUCACUUCAAACGUCUGGGCCAGGUUCAGCUAUUUAACCCGCUGCACCCCACCCGCCUGCCAGCCAGUCACUCCUGGGGAGCUGGGGCCCCACCUGCCGACCUGUCCUCUCCUGGGCAGGUGCCUCCUCCAGCGGGCCUCAGAGCGGUCCUCCCGGGCUGCGCCCUCGGCCCCGGCCCCAGCCAUGGCCGUGCAGGUGCCCCUGUGGCACCACUACCUGCAGGCCAUCCGCUCGCGGGGGGCGCCCCGGGCGCAGGACUACCAGCGCGCCGAGAACGUGCUGCUCACGGUGCUGGAGCGAGUGCACGCCCUGGACCCCCGCUUCCUCGUGGACUACUCCCGGGACCUGGAGGCCUUCCAGUUUGCCCUGCGCUCCUCGGAGGACCCGCUGGACAUGGAGGUGCCCCUGUGGGUGGACGCCGAGGCCCUCCUGGUCGAGGAGGUGGGGGCCGCCGAGGCGGGGGCCGGCCUGGGCUGCUGCCGCCUGGGCAUCCCCGGGGACGGGGCCGGCCUGGAGCCCUGGACGACCGCCGACGUCUUCCACGCCUCCGCGGAGGCCGGCGCCCAGUGCCGCGGUCACAUCGUGCCCUGCAAGGUCCUGCGCGUCCUCAAGGACCUCCUGGUGGCAGCCAUCGUGCACUGCAAGCACCACGGCCUCAUGGCGCCAGGCUCUCUGAACGCGGACAGCCUGAAGGAAGAGCAGCUCCGCCUGUCCCUGCUGGUGUCCAGCGGCUGGAGGACCAUCCGCUUCCACGUGGUGCCCGUGGUGCGGAGCAAGCUCAGGGUGCCCGUCCUGGAGAGGACCCAGCUGACCCCUGGCUUCCCCGAGGGCAGCCUGAGAAGGAUCAUCUGCCAAGAGGUGGCCCUGGUGCCAGCCAGUGCUGAGCGCUGGAGGGUCUCCACUGACUACCUGCUCACCAGGCUGCUUGCUGCGCUGGGCUCCCUCCAGGGCCACCGCCUGGACAGCCUCUCCAUCCUGGACCGGGUCAACCACGAGAGCUGGCGAGAUGGUGGCCAGAGCCCAGGCCUGACUUUUGGCCACCUGAAGACGGUGCUGCUGUGGGCCUCGGUUCUCUUCCCGGCGCCCGAGGACUGGGCAGAGCUGCAGGGCGCCGUGUACCGGCUGCUGGUGGUGCUGCUCUGCAGUCUGGCCACCAGGAAGCUGCCCCACUUCCUCUCCCCGGAGUGGAACCUGCUGCAGGACCCAGACCUGGACCUCGGCGCCCUCUACCAGCGCGUGGAGCGCUUCGCCAGCCAGCCGGAGGCGUCCCUGCGGAUCCACGUCACCCACCUGGGCCCCAGCCCCCCGCCGCGCAUCCGCGGGGGCAUCGAGGCGCUCCUGCAGCUGCCUGCCCGCGACCCCGCCUACUGGGCCACCGCCUACUUCGACGUCCUGCUGGACAAGGGCCACGCCAAACCCACACUGUGUGGGAUCUCAGAGCCCCAGCUGCCCACCCGGGGCUCCACGCCUGGUGAGGAGUGUGGCUGUCCCUGGGCCUCAUAAGGACAGUCUCCUGCCGCGGCCUUGGACUCUGGAGUCUCACGGCCAUGCCCUUUGGGCGUCUGGGUGCUUCUGCCAGCUGCCCCUCCUUGAGCUCAAGGUUCCACCGGCUCUGCUAGGCCUCCCCUCCCCCACCCGCAGAACCCCCUCCAGCCCCUGGUCCCCCAGGGCCAACGCCCCCCCUCACCCCGAGAGCCCACAAGGGCUUCUUCCAGGGCACACAGGGGCGGGGUGGAGGGAGCGGGAGUGACGCAUGCUAAGCUCUCAGCACACACCUGGUGGGGCUGCCUCUGUGUCAGGCCCGUCCAGAGAAGGGCCAGCAGGUGAGGGAGGGCUCUGCGGGCAAAGACCCAGAGGCCAGGGAACGCUUGGGGUCCCACACGUGUCUGGGGUCCUGUGAUGGCCCCAGAUGUCCCUGUGACCCCCUCUGCCCCAUCCCAC